GAGAUAAUCAGGUCGCCGACGUGGACUAUCCGACACCGCGAGCGACGCGACCACUCCAGAGCUCCAACGCGGAACGGCGAUGUGGCGGGCGAGGCGGUGGCCGCGGCCGCGAUGGUUCUCGUCCGACACCGCGGCAGUGGGCGCCGAUUCGGGCAAUCCGGCGCGGCGUCGGGUGGCGGCGCUGUGGGGGAACGGGGACCACGGCCGGCUGGGGCUGGGGGCGCUGGAGUCGCGGUGGAGCCCCACGGCGUGCCCCUUCUUCCUCACGCGCCCCGCCGACCCGCCUACCUCGCUCGCCUGCGGCGGCGCCCACACCCUCUUCCUCACCGAGGGUGGGCGCGUAUUUGCUACGGGGCUGAACGACUUUGGGCAGCUCGGGAUAGGCUCCUCGAUGCCUCAUACUCUGGACCCUGUUGAAGUCUCUGGAUUUCACGAGAAAGUUGUACAAAUUUCAGCUGGCAACCAUCAUUCUUGUGCAGUAACAGCCGAUGGUGAGCUCUUCGUUUGGGGCAAAAAUUCGAGUGGCCAGCUUGGCCUUGGCAAAAGUGCAGGAAAAGUAGUCUCUACCCCAAGAAAGGUUGACUACUUGGCUGAUGUUAGAGUGAAAAUGACUGCUUUGGGAUCAGAGCACUCAAUUGUUGUUACAGAGGAUGGUGAAGCCUUGAGUUGGGGAGCUGCUGGUGCUGGUAGACUUGGACAUGGCCAUAAAUCUAGCUUCCUGGGAUUCGCUAUGACCUCAAAUGAAUAUACUCCAAGGUUGAUAAAAAACCUUGAUGGUAUCAAGAUUAAAAGGAUAGCUGCGGGAAUGCUGCACUCAGCUUGCAUUGAUGAAAAAGGUACUGUGUUCAUGUUUGGGCAGAAGACUGAGAAGGUACUUGGAAGAUCAAAUGAUGCACCUAGACCAAGUGCUGUUGAAGAGAUACAAUUUUCAGAAGAAGUUGCUUGUGGAGGUUAUCAUACUUGCGCCGUAACAGAUCGUGGAGAUUUGUACUCUUGGGGUUCAAAUGAAAAUGGCUGCCUUGGUCUUGGAGGUACAGGCAUGGUUCGCUUCCCAGAAGUUGUAAGAAGUUCAUUAUUUAAGCUUCCUGUAUCUAAGGUAUCCUGUGGUUGGAAGCACACAGCUGCAAUUUCAGGUGAAGAUAUCUACACGUGGGGCUGGGGAGGUGCCAACGGUACCUUCUUCGAAGAGGGCCAUUCUUCUGGCGGGCAAUUAGGGCAUGGAAACGACGUCGACUAUUGCGAGCCGAUGAUGGUAGAACUUGGCAAGAAUGCAAGUGCUGUUCAUGUAUCAUGUGGCUUCAAUCAUACAGGCGCGAUACUCGAGUACGUGGAAAACUGACUGCUGUGCCAUCUGCAGCACUGUAAGUGCAACCAGGCAUGUUUGGUACUACUCAGUCAUACCUGCACAAGGAAAAAAGAAUAAGCUGACCUCGAACGAGUGAUGUACUCGUCAAACAGAAUUACAGGUUAGUCUAGCUGUAUAGUCUUCUUUCAUACAUCUUCAUUGUCAGCUUGUAUCUAUGAUGUUUGAUGGCCUGUAAAGAAGUGGUGUUUGCAGGCUGUGAUGGACACGGCCAGUUCAAAAUGUAAACAUGAUUUGAACUAAAAUAAAUCUUGUCUUGCACAGUUA